UAAAGAUAAAACCUCGAUUUAUGAGACCGCGGAGAUAAUAAGGCAGGAAUUAGAAAAGCAAUGGUAAGCGCACAGCCUUGAGACCGCUUAAUAUGUCAUGCAAUUAGCAUUGGUAUCUUUUUUCGAUAGCGCGGCAGUCGCCAUUCGUAGAUCGGUCGAUUGUUUUGAUAACAUGAUUUUUCUAAUCGGAGGGAAUCGCGCAAACUCAAUCCUGCUGAUAAAACAGGUGACCCACCUUCUUGAGUGGAUUUUGUGCUCCCCAUUGCUGGCCCAGUAUCAGUGUCAAAAUCCACUUUGACGUUAAUCGCGAACUUCAUUAUUAACAGUUUGCCAGCUAAUUAAGUCGACAGGAAAUAUCGACGUUGAUACAAUAGAAAAGCCGCAAUGACUUUAAUAAUAGCAGUGUUCAUACCAGCAUCAGAACUAAAUAAUGAGCCACGAGCAGGGCGCUUCUGAGCAGCAGCAGCAGCAGCAGCAGCACCAGAAAGGCAAGCCGAGUGAGAAAGACCGCUGGACCAGUUUUAAUCCGCACGACAUCGGCAUCAAGAUGCUCAAAGACCGACGUGACAAGAUCACGAACGGUGGCAAAUACAGUGACCGCUACAGAGACACUUUUAAUCACGAAGUGAAAGACGAAAAGUACCCAUUGAGUGUGAAGUGCCGUGAAACGUUGGAUCAUCACCGGAAUUUGCCGAAAAGUGGUGAAAAAUCGGACAGUUCUUCGUCCAGUUCCCGACACAGUCCGAGUUUGACCACUGAGAUGAUGGGCACACCCAAGGCGAUGCCCAGCAACGCCACCAAUGACCUCAACAAACAGGAAAAUGCCCUGAUUGGCUAUAAAGCCGUGCCCGAUCGUGGGGUCAAAUUCCCCUUGUUAACUCCCCAUAACACCAGCCCCUCCUCCGGCCAUAGGCAACUGAAAUGGCCUAGUAGGCGCAACAAGGACGUCAACAUCUACAGCAUCACUCCAUCUAGUGACAGCAGUGCCACUGGCAGCGCUCCAUAUGGAUACCAGCCUCAGAAAGUGGCCUUGAACUUGAUCCUCGAUGAACCCGUUGCGAACGGAUCCAACGACAACACGCUGAGCCAUCUGGAGAAUGUGGAAACCAUAAUUUCCAAGCUGAACGAAAAAGAGAAGCAGGAGGACAAUUUGCGGAAGUUCGACGAGCUGGUGAAGAAAGUGAUCAAGCAGCCGGCGCCAGCGCCUCCUUCGCGCAAAGCGCCACCAAGAAAGGUGCCCCAAGUGGACCAAUCGCAGGACAUUCUGCGGCCGCCGAAGAGCCUGCUCAAUCCGAUGAAGCCCUCCAAAGAGAUCGAGGAUCUGCAGGCGCGCGGCUUUAGCGAUGUGGAAACCGACGAUAAUGAUGAGGCGCAUUUCAAGCGACAUGUUAAAGAGCGGAAAAGCAUGGACCAUCAGAGCACCGCAAAGGAGCGCAGUGCGGAGGAGCGAAAGAACACUUCACUCAACAGGACGGCCAGUGAUGUGCAGGACAAAAAUGUGGUCACGUUGAAGCGAAAGCCCCGACUGUCUAGGGACCGGAACAAGAGCAAUGACAACUCAGAAUCGGGCGGUGGGCGCAGCAAUUCCACAACAUCGGCUAGUGGUCGAAAUCGGCCGCGAUUGGGCGAAGAAGUCACCAUCGGCAAGUACAAGCUGCUUAAAACCAUCGGAAAGGGCAACUUUGCCAAGGUGAAAUUGGCCAAACAUGUUCCUACCGGCAAAGAAGUGGCCAUCAAGAUCAUCGACAAGACCCAGCUAACACCCGGAUCCUUGCAGAAACUCUUCCGAGAGGUGAGGAUAAUGAAAAUGCUGGACCAUCCUAAUAUAGUGAAGUUGUUCCAAGUCAUUGAGACCGAGAAAACCUUGUACCUGGUGAUGGAAUAUGCCUCUGGUGGCGAAGUGUUCGACUAUCUAGUGCUUCAUGGUCGAAUGAAGGAAAAAGAAGCUCGGGCCAAAUUCCGGCAGAUCGUUUCGGCUGUGCAGUACUGUCACCAAAAGAGAAUUAUUCAUAGAGACUUAAAGGCUGAAAACUUGUUGCUAGACAGUGAAAUGAACAUAAAAAUUGCCGAUUUCGGGUUUUCAAACGAAUUCACGCCGGGCAACAAGUUAGACACAUUUUGCGGCAGUCCUCCUUAUGCGGCCCCAGAGCUUUUCCAAGGAAAGAAAUACGACGGUCCUGAAGUCGAUGUGUGGUCCCUUGGGGUGAUUCUCUACACGUUAGUGUCGGGUAGUUUGCCCUUCGACGGUUCGACGCUGCGCGAAUUAAGGGAGCGCGUGCUGCGCGGCAAGUACCGCAUUCCAUUCUACAUGAGUACCGACUGCGAGAAUCUGCUCAAGAAAUUCCUGGUUCUCAAUCCGGCCAAACGUGCCAGUCUGGAAACGAUCAUGAAGGACAAGUGGAUGAACCAGGGGUAUGUUGGGUACGAAAAUGACGAGCUGAAGCCAUAUGUGGAACCCGAGGCCGAUAUGAACGACCCGAAACGGAUCGAAGUUCUCGUCAGUUUGGGGUUCAAUCGGUACGAUGUCGAAAACUCGUUGGACACGCAAAAGUACGACGAUGCGUUCGCAACGUACCUCCUAUUGGGCCGGAAGAGCAUAGACCCGGAAAGUGAUGGGAGUCGAAGUGGAUCGAGUUUGUCGCUUCGGAACAUGGCGGGGCAACAGCAAUCGGGUGCCGCCCAACCAACAGCACAAAGUCCGUCGCAUAGGGGCGUUCAUCGGUCAAUUUCCGCCACGCAUGCGAAACCGAACAGGAGAGCGUCCAGUGGAGGUAUGCGGGGGUUGGCUUUUGGUACUCCCUUACCGCUGGCAGGUGGCACCAUAGGAGAAACGUUGAGGGCGGGGCCGCAGCCUCAGACUCCGACAGCACAAAGCAAUAAUCACCAGAGCGGCUUCAAGAGGCAAAACACGGUGGACAGCGCCACCAUUAAAGAGAAUAGCGCUCGGUUGAACUCCAGGCCGGCCAGCGCCCAACCAAAGACCAUUACGGAAAACAGAGUACAUGCUUCUUCGGCUAGGGCUCGAACUGUAUCUAAGAAUACGACGUUAUCUUUAGGGACCACGGUGGGUCGUAGGUCGACCAUCAGCUACGAUGGCAAGUCGGAUAGCACCGAGAAAACCAACUUGGCGGCUGAUCUACCUAGCUCCGAACCGAACGGGGACGGCAGCACAACAAGAAGUGGGGCGCCGUCGACGGUCGUCGCUAAGGGCCACGUCAAGUCGGCGUCGGUCAGCAGUAGCGCGCCCCCCGAAACCCCCAUUGCCAAUGCUAACGAUCCCUUACGGUCUAGUCGAACAAGCGCCUCGCCUGCAGCCACGCGACAGCAGGCCUUCCCUCGCAACACCUCGUCCCGCAGCACUUUCCAUUCGGGCCAGACGCGCCCACGGGCGCAGUACGCCCAGGGAGCGCCGGGGGACUCCACACAUGCUCGCCAGUCGUUUUUCGCCAAGUUCAGCCUCAAAAGCUUCACGAAACGAGCGUUAGAACCCGGCCAACAAGUUAAACACAGCAAUUCACCUUUACCUUCAGUGGGGGUGGUUAGUGGCGGCGGCGGCGGCGGCGGCGUCGGUAGCGUCGGCGGCACCCAGAAUGAGGAGCACGUGAAGCCCAGAUCGCUACGUUUCACGUGGUCAAUGAAAACCACUUCCAGUCGCGACCCAGCUGAGAUUAUGGCUGAAAUUCGAAAGGUGUUAGAUGCGAACAAUUGCGACUACGAGCAACGCGAAAGAUUCUUGCUGCUUUGCGUGCACGGCGACCCGAACACGGACAGUCUGGUCCAAUGGGAGAUCGAAGUGUGCAAGUUGCCUAGACUGUCGUUAAAUGGCGUGCGAUUUAAAAGGAUUUCCGGUACCAGCAUCGGCUUCAAGAACAUUGCUAGCAAAAUAGCGAACGAACUAAAACUGUGACUGGUCGUGCCCGAGACGGAUCUGCCCACCAAUGAGGAACAAGCGAUCACAUAGUAUCGACGACUAACAACUCCGAUGUCCGCGAUUGUUCGACACAUUUUGAAUUGCUUCCGAGGGCUAAUUUGGGGGUAAGUUUCUAUUUAUUUUGGUUCAAGUAAAGUGACCAAUUCAUCAAAAAACCCAUUGGCCCUGGGGAGCGAAAAGUGCGCGCCACUCGAUUGUAAAACACGAGUUUCUUGUCUCCCAGAUCAGCCACACAAUAUUUCGAAUAAUGCUCUAAAUAUAGGUGUUAAGGUUAAAAAACAAAUCAACUCUGACUAUUAUUCAAGCUUGUGAUACUUGGAAUUAAUGAACGGAGAGGAAUCUUCUUCGUUCUCAAGACGAGGAUCUCCUUUUUCGGUCGUAAUUUAAUUUUAAAAUGAACAUAGUAUUAUGAUGUAGAUCACGGACACAUUUGUCUGCUGAGUAAUUCCAUCUCAAGUGCUUUUUCCGAUUGGGACUCACUUCUGAAUGUUGUGCAAAAAGGCAAGUGUAAAACGUGGGCACCUUUUAGAUCAAUUAUUAAGCAAAGUCAGAUGGGUUUCUGUUGUUGAGUAAAUAUUUAUUGUAAUUAAUAAUGUAAUGCCCAUUUAUUUCUUUUUUACAUAUAGAGUGUAAUCCCACGAUAUAUUAGUAAGAAUGUUUAAAUUUAAACAAGUUUACGUCAAUUUUCCAAUCAAACAAUUAAGCAGCUGCUCUACUCAUGUUCAGUUAUAUUAAUUCGACUAGUCGAGACAACAAGCUUCAUGCCCAUCUAGUCGCGUGCAUAUAAUUUUCCAUGGGAAAUCGAGUAUAAAUCGCACGCAGCAAAGACAGGACUUUGAGAAAGUGCACCCAGUUUAUUUAAUUUUCAAAUUCGUGUAUAUAAUGUGUGAUAAUAGCGAGUGUAAGAAGCAAUGAAGUCCGAAGCGCGCAUCUGUCUAUAAAAAAUGCUAAUCAUUAGAAUACAUAAAUUCUUCGUUUUGUUUCUACUCACGUUAUGCUGUAGAGAAAGUGAUUCGAACGGCAACACUCGCCUCCAGUGGAUCGACAAGUGUGCCUGUUUGAAUCACUUUCGAAAACACAAUCUGUCCCUAAUAAGGCCUAACCGCCUCAAGCCGCAAACAUCUGUAGAAAGUGUAGGUUGGGGCUGGCAGAUACACGACCUUCAAGCUGCUGCUGCUGCUACUACUACUUGUGUUCUCAAAUAACUCCUAGAUAAUUGUGUAUCUGCCAGGGCUUCCCCUGUUGGUCUCCUAAUGACCUGUUUUAGUCAAAGACCAAGUAACUAGAGAAACAAUUCCUUUUUUUAUGACAUUUCAUGAAUGUACUUACUGUUCAUCUGUCAUUUUACUAUUACGCAACCUUACCCUAUCUGCGCAACCUUGCGUUCAUUCUUUUUACAGUUUCCAUGUGUAAAUAUUAUAAAAAAAAGUCCCUUAGUGAUGGCCCGCAAGACUGUUGGGGUGCGCAUUUUAUUGGCAUUCAAUUCAAUUUGUAUAGUUUCAGCAUUCUUUCAAUAUUCGAUAAGUUUCACAGCAAGAAACCCAACACUCUUCUGGGCUGAGGUGCGAGAAGAAGUAAGGUGCGUAAUGCCCAUAGGACGUUUAUAUAAAGUAGGCGAUACAAUAAAAAGUAUAUUUAAUUGUUAGUACAGCCUUAGAUAUAGUAAUGCUGUAAAGAGCAAUGUUGCUUUACAUAAAAAAAAUCAAUUCUUUCACUGGGGAUGGGCACUUAUGUUAGUUAAGCUGAUCAUUUAUAAUAAACAUAAAAUCGAA